GGCGGUGGGACGUGACACGGUGACAUGAGGCUUGACAGGAGCGUGGCGGUGGUGUGUGGCAGGCUGAGGUGGUGGCGGAGUGUGUCUGCCGGGGUGUGUGUGUCGCCGCCUCUCAGACACCUGCAUCUCACACAUACCAGACACUGCCCACAGUCCCCUGGCAGCGAUGCCCUGCCUUCACCACCACUGCGGGACCACCUGCAGAGCUUGGACCACAUCCGGAACAUUGGUAUCAUGGCGCACAUUGAUGCAGGCAAAACCACCACCACGGAGCGUAUGCUGUUCUACGGGGGCGUGACCAGAACACUGGGGGAGGUGCACCACGGGGACACGGUCAUGGACUACUUGGAUCAGGAGCGGGAGAGAGGCAUCACCAUCACCUCGGCCGCCAUUACCCUGCCCUGGGCUGACCAUCGCAUCAACCUGGUGGACACACCAGGCCACGUGGACUUCACCAUGGAGGUGGAGCGUUCCCUCAGAGUGCUGGAUGGGGCCGUGGCCAUCCUAGAUGCUUCUGCUGGCGUGGAGGCACAGACGCUGACAGUGUGGCGUCAGGCAGACCGCUACAAGGUGCCUCGCUUUAUCUACCUCAACAAGAUGGACAAGCCUGCUGCGAGUGUGCCACUCUGCCUCAGUUCCAUCAGGGACAAGCUCCACACCCUGCCGCUACUGCUGCACCUCCCCCUCGGCCAGGGCAAGUUGUUCCGAGGCCUGGUGGACCUGGUCACCUUGCACAGGCUGGAGUGGGACCUCAGCUCAAGUGACCGUGGCAGACAGUACCUCCAGCGUGCCCUCACCCCAGAUGAGGAGGUGUGGGAUGAGGCACAGCUGGCCCGGUGUGAGCUGAUAGACAAGCUGGCAGAUCUGGACAAUCCCCUGGCAGAGUAUGUGCUAGAGCAGGAGUCCUUGGAGAACGUACCUGCCCCAUUGAUGAGAGAGGCUGUCCGCAGGGUCACUCUCAGCCAGGAAGCCGUGCCAGUGCUGGUGGGAAGCUCUUACAAGAAUGUGGGUGUGCAGCCGAUGAUGAAUGCUGUGGUGGACUUCCUUCCUUCUCCCAGGGAUGCCACUCAGCCCCCUGCACUCAGCCUCUACACCCCCAACCUGUGCGCCUUGGCCUUCAAGAUUGUCCACGACAAACAAAGAGGAGGCAUUCUGACCUAUCUCCGUGUGUAUUCUGGCCGCUUGGAAAAGGGCCAGCGAGUGUACAAUGUGAAUGGAAGCCGCAGUGAAAAGUUGGGUCAGGUCCUCAUUGCAUACGCUGACCACUACAAGGAGGUGGCGUCAGUGGAGGCCGGGAACAUUGUGGUCGUCACUGGGCUGAAGGGCACCAACACGGGGGACACGCUGGUAGGGAGUCAGUCAGUGGCCAACACUGCCAGGAAGAGGCUGGCUGCGGUGGGUGAUGAGGAAGCAACGCCCACACUGCUUGGCGUGGAGGUGCCUGAUCCAGUCUUCUUCUGCUCUGUUGAGGCACCAUCAUCCUCCCAGCAGAAGGCCCUGGAGGAGGCACUAGUCCAGCUGCAGAGGGAGGACCCAAGCCUGCAUGUCACCCAGGAUGAGGAGACUGGCCAGACAGUGCUCUCAGGGAUGGGAGAGCUGCAUCUGGAGAUCAUUCGUGACAGGAUACACAAGGAACACAAGGUGGAGGCAGAGCUGGGCCCGCUGCAGGUGGCGUACCGGGAGACCUGCACCGUCCCUGCCACACACACACUCCUGGUGGACAAGAUGAUUGGAGACAGCCGGCAGCAAGUUAAGAUCACCCUCUCCAUCUCCCCUUCCCAAGACCACAAGUUCAAGUCUGUCUCCUUUGCGUAUUCUGCAGACAACCAAGAGAACCUUCAGUCACUGCGACGCUACCACCUCUCGGCCAUCAACCGGGGUGUCAGCGCGGGCCUCAGGAACGGGCCGGUGCUGGGCUGCCCUGUGGUGGACCUCAAAGUUGGCUUGAGCUGGUGUGAAGUCAGGCCAGGCACCUCAGAGACCAUGGUUGCUGCUGCUGCUGCUCAAUGUCUCCAGCAGGUCCUGGCUGAGGGAGGCUGCCAGCUGAUGGAGCCAAUCAUGGUGCUGGAGAUUGUAGCAGAGGAGGAACACACCUCCACACUGCUGGCUGAUCUCUCCCGCAGGAGGGCAAAUGUCCUGCACAUAUCCCAUCGCCAUGAUAUGAGGGUGUUGUUGGUGGAAUGUCCCCUUGCUGAACUGAUGGGCUACUCCACUACCAUCCGCACACUGUCAUCUGGCACUGCUUCCUUCACCAUGGAGCUGUCCCACUACAGCUUGGUGAAUGCCUCCCAGCAAGCUGCAGUCAUUGAGGCAGUGACUGGCUUCACACCCCUGUGAAGUAUACACCACUACAACACACACCACCCCAGAAGUUCAGGAGGGAUGACACCUACAGACAUCCUAGGUAUUGUACACCCUACCAGUGGUUGAUAGUUUUGGCCAAAAUGGUUAAUCUCAAAGUGACCUUGCAUUCUUGUUAUUAGUACUGGACGUUACUGAAGUAAGGUAUGCCUACAGUUACAGCAGAGUUCACUGAACUCCAUUUUACAAAUGUAAAGGGAAAUAGAGUUAGGAGUUAGUUCACUCAUUGUUAUCAACUUCACCUGUAGCCCCAUCUUUUAGGAGACCUGAAAGUCUCUGCGUCUUAUGAUACCUGAAAGAGGCUCCGGAGAAAAUGUUCACUUUUGUCAGAUUAAAAAAAAAAUAAAAUAAAACAAAUUGAGAGUCCACUGAACUCUUACAACUUUUGAAGCAUAUUAACCACAACCACUGGCCAACAUGUCUUACAGAUUAUGUUACAGGUGUGUGUGGAUGGAGACCACAGCAGCAAGGUGGUUGUGUUCAAGGCUUGAGUUGCCCAACAGCAGUAGCACUUUCAGGAGCUAUUGUUACUGCUGCUGCUGCUCCUCUUCUCAACAGCAGGCAGCAAUGGCAGCGGCGGCGGCAAAAGUGCUGUUGCUGCUGUUGCUGCUGCUGCUGCUGCUCCUCUUUACAGUGGGCAGUAAUGUCAGCGGUAAAAGUACUGCUGCUGGCCCCUACCAUUUAUCCUGGAACAUUCAUUCACAAAUCAUCUUUCAAUAGAAUUUUUCCUGUAUAUAAAUGUAAAUAAAGAUUUUACACUA